UGUUAAUCUCUGAGAGCAACGUUGAGGACAGCGGCAAUCCACUAUCUUCAGACCUGUCCUCUGCCAUACAGUCAGUUGGUCACUGUCGCUUUAAAAGACGGAGGGAGGCGUGUUGCGAUGUCAAAAUGUAUGCGCUGCGUUGGUUGAGUGUCUUUGCAGCUCAAUGACAGCUCAUGUUUCAUCAGAUCUGACAUUGUACCGACUCGGACAGCCCCAAGGACCAAAGUUACCUACUUCUUCACACGCUGGAUGCAAGGCGAUCAGCUCGUGCCACAGGGCCUCAGGAGAACGUAUCAAUCUAUCAUGGUUUGUUUUCAGAUACGUUUUCAACUAGAAUGAUUGAAUACCGAAAAACAGGAGCUUGAUUCAUGGGUAUGUUGUUGCGCGGCAGAUUAUCCCAAAAGUUUCCACCAGUCGUUCGCAGUGCAGAAGAUUCUAGUAGUUGAAAUGCAGAGAUCAUUUUGAAACGGAAUUUGCCCAAUGUAACAGGAAAAACACGGACCUGUUUUUUUUUUAUCGUGGAUGCGUCGAGAAAUUACACGAGAGGAAAUAUUGUAAAUAUUUUAUAAAUUAUAAACUGAGCCUAUACCCAAUUUGCCUCUGACAUAACCGGCCUGGGAAGUCUAUAGGACACUUCAAAGUGCCAUACUGAAGUUCACUUGGAUUUUGCUAGCACAUGAUGUACACAAUUACAAAAGGUCCCAGCAAACUUGUUACACAGCGACGAACAGGUCAAACGCAGCAGAUUGACAAAAUAAAUGACUUCAAGCACAAACAAACGCCUUGGUCUAUACCAGACUCUCCUGCACCCAAGAUCGUGUUUAACCGUCUGAAUGGGAAGAAGUACCACAACACCCCAGCAGCUCUUCUACAGGUGGACCCCCAACCCAAGGAAGGCUUCACUUCUGCACACCAGGAGAAUGUCAAGUUUAUCUAUGAAGUCUGGCAGGAGGUAGUGCAGCUGGCGGGGGAGGGAGGAGCCAGUGACGAGACAGGAAGUGCUCAGGGACCAGUGCAGUAUUCAGACACCAACCCCAGCCCCAACCCAGCCAUGAAGAACUUUGUUCCCAUCGAUCUGGAUGAGUGGUGGGCCCAGCGCUUCCUGGCCAACAUUAACAACCUGUCCUGAUGGGCUCCACCAUCUGGGGCCCCAUCGGCCAGGGAAGAGGGCCUUAUGGAGGGGCCUGAAGGUCGGGUGAGAGGGGGGUUCCACCAGGUUGGAGCCUAGUGCACCUGGUAACAGGUGUGGGUCUUCUCCAGAGGAGUGGAAAUAUGGGAUGGCGAUGGGCAUUACUUGAGAGCAGCGCUGGGACGCAGCCAUGACAACCCCUCACCUGAACUCUUUUACCUUUUUAACAGAAAGAGUACAACCAACCAACACUAACCAACCAACGCUGUCCACUUGGGCAGCUACCCGGAAGAUACAAGUCUUGAAUUUUUGGUUAUUCUCCAUCUCUCAAGUCCAACACUGUGGACUAAGAUGUCAAAAUGUCUGUACUACUUUAAAAACGCAGUAAAGAUGUGUUUUCAAGA